CUGUCAUUUUCCAUCGCACAGACAAACACAUACACACGCGCACGCAGAGUGCGAGUCUUUUCGGCUCAAAGAAUCGCCAUUUUCAUGGCGGCAAUGAUCAACUUCCUUCCACUACUGUUCAUCUCCCUCUUCUUCUUCUUAAUCUUGAAACUCGUUUACGAACUCAUAUUGGUCCCUUUAAAAGUUCAAGAGCACUUCAGCAAACAAGGUAUAAAUGGACCAGCUUACAGCCCAAUCUUCAACAACACAGCAAAGAUCAGAAGAGUAAUGAUAGCAGAAGCUGAAUCAAAGUCCAGUUCCUUCACCCAUCACCACGAUGUAGUUUCUCGUGUCAUGCCGCACUACUAUAACUGGUCAACGGUUUAUGGUAAGAAUUUCCUUUACUGGUUUGGUCCUAAACCUAGGUUGGCAAUUGCUGAUCCAAAUCUCAUCAAGGAGAUUUUGGUCAACACCAGUGGUUCGUUUGAGAAAGUGAAAUAUAACCCUUUGUCGAAGAUGUUGUUUGGAGAUGGGCUUGUUGGUUUGGAGGGUGAGAAAUGGGCUAUUCACAGGAGGAUAACCAACCAGGCCUUUAACUUGGAGAGAGUCAAGGGCUGGAUUUCUGAAAUGGUUGAUAGCACAACAAAGUUCUUGGAGAAAUGGGAAGAGGUAAGAAAUGCCAGAGACCAGUUUGAGACGGACGUACACAAAGAAUUUCACAACCUUUCAGCAGACAUCAUUUCUAGGACGGCUUUUGGAAGCAGUUUUGAGGAGGGAAAGCGCAUUUUUGAAUUACAAGACAAACAAGUGAGCCUUGUUUUGGAGGCCAUACGAAGUGUCUAUAUUCCUGGAUUCAGAUUUUUACCCACCAAGAAGAACAGAAUGAGGAAUAGACUGGAGAAGGAAACUCGAGAUGCAAUAAGGAUGUUGAUAAACAAUUGCAGCAGAACAGCAAACAACUCAAAAGGCCUGCUUUCUUUGUUGAUGUAUCCACUUAAGAAUCAGGACGACAAAGAGGAGACACUGGAUAUAGAGGAGGUUAUAGACGAAUGCAAGACAUUCUACUUUGCAGGAAAGGAAACAACUGCUAAUCUUCUGACAUGGGCUUUUCUCCUGUUGGCGUUGCAUCAAGAUUGGCAAAGCAAGGCACGGGAAGAAAUCGUCCGUGCCUGCAAAAAUGGGAUCCCUACUGCAGAGAAUAUAGCUGAUAUCAAGAUCGUGAGCAUGAUAUUGAAUGAAACACUUCGACUUUAUCCACCGGCAGUGAUGUUGAUGAGGCAAACAUCCAAGAAAGUCAAGUUAGGAAACCUUGACAUUCCAGCAAAUACACAAUUCUAUUUGGCCAUGACUGCUGUCCAUCAUGACAAGGAGAUAUGGGGAGAUGAUGCCCAUGAAUUCAAUCCAUUGAGAUUUUCUGAGCCACGGAAACAUUUAGCUUCAUUUUUUCCAUUUGGAUUAGGCCCCAGAAUCUGUGUGGGCCAAAACUUAGCACUUGUUGAAGCUAAAGUCGUCCUGGCUAUGAUCAUUCGGCAAUACUCUUUCUGCAUCUCCCCAUCAUAUAUUCAUGCCCCAAUACAGGGUAUGACAUUACAGCCUCAAUAUGGCGCGCAAAUAAUCUUUAGCAAGAUUUCUUAUUGAGUAUUUGCUGGAGAAAUGCGCAGUCUUGUCUUGAACAAACUCCAGAAAUAAAUGUUUGCUAAAGAGUAGCUAUGCUGACUCUUUUUUUUCUGUUGUGCAUGAGAGCACUAUAAACUCACAGGACAUCAUGACAAAAAAGAAAAAGAGUGUAUAUUUUUCGUUUACUGUGGAUGUAUAUAUUUUUCUUAUACACCAUUGACUCAUAUAGUCAGUAUCUACACUUUGUAAAUUAGCAGUACGUUUUUCACGAAAUGACAGAGAAAUAGGGUGAUUGCACUGAAA